CCACACAUGUACAGCAGAGAUCUCAUGUGUUUGUGUGGAAGCGGCAGCUGUCUUUACCCUAAACCAGCUCCGGCUAACCUCAUUAUGGUUUUUCACAUCAGAUCAGUGAAUGUGAGUUACAGUCAGCUCGUUUCCUUCCUCCAAAUACUUGACUCAGUUCAAGGAAACAGCUCCUGCUUGCAGACUCUUGACCCGCCUUUAGAAAAUGAACAGUACAGUGCACACGCCGGCUGCUCUAUCCUCUCCUCGAUAAUUUGCUUUAAAGAAGCAAUGAAGGACGUCCUGGUGCUGCUGGUUCUGCUACAUGCCCAAACCAUCAAGGUCUGCUCUCAGCCCUACCAGGCGGACUCAGAUGGAAACUGUCGCAACAAAACAACAGAGUACCUUCACGAUGGACUGAACCUGUGCUGCAGGAAGUGCCCCCCUGGACAGCGACUGACAGAAGAAUGCACGGCGACUUCUGACAGCGUGUGUCAGCCAUGUAAUACGGGCCAGUACAUGGAGGCCUGGAACUACGCACCAAACUGCUUCACCUGCGCCAAAUGCAGACCACACAAAGGUUUGAAGAACAGCCAGGAAUGCUCCACAACCACGAGGUCCAUCUGUGCAUGCCAGUCUGGGAAGUUCUGCAUCAUGGGGUUUGAUGACCCGCACUGCACCGAAUGUCGGCAGUACAAGUCAUGCCAAGCUGGUUAUGGAGUGUCUACGCCAGGCACAGUGAACUCAGAUGUGAAGUGUGAAUCGUGUCCCAGUGGGACCUUCUCCAACUCGGCCUCCUACACUGAUCGCUGCCGGCCUCACACCAGCUGUUACGGGAGGGUUGUUCAGAAAGGCACCUCUGUCUCAGACACUGUGUGCGAUCAGCAGACUUCCACCAAACAGCCUGAACCUGUGCUCACAACCACAAGUACGACGACGAGCACAGCCGCAGAGGAAUCGACGGCUCCACGUAGACUACAAGACUCCACAGAGUCUGUCUCUGCUUCGACUUCAGAAGGAGAUUUCAGCUCUGCAACAAAAAGCCUGCAACCGACCGCAGAGUCUGGCAGAGCGCUGGCUGCAGUCAUCGCUGGCGUCACUGGAUUCCUUGUGCUUCUAAUCGUCCUCGUGCUGGUGUUCCUUUGCAUACAGAUCCGGAAAAAGGGAAAUGCGAGAUUACAUCCUAAAGUAGAUGCAAAUGGAAACUGUGAGAGUGCUGAUAAGAUCAGUCAGAGCUAUUUGGGGGAAUCUCAGGUGACUUCGUUCACAGCUGAGGCACCAGAACAACAGUGUCUGCUGGAGAAAGGGGAAGCCAGCAGUGACCACAGCCAGAGCAGCAGCAAUACUGAAACUCUAACCGGAACAGACGGCUACAGCAGCCACGAGUCCAUCGGCCCGUUACAGCCCACUCUGGCUCUUGACAGUCCACCCUCUGUGCUGUCGGAGCCCCAGACUUUAGUGUCCAACGUGGAGCCCGUCCUUCCCCCGCCCAGCGUCCCCACACAGCCCUCCUCUCAGCCCACCAGCCCGCAGAUCGUGAGCCCCGUGACCACCAGCCCCCAGUUCAACGUCAACAUCACUUUGCACAUCGGUAACGGGUCCUGUGGGCCUCCGUCCUUCCUGCCCACAGACUUGAUGCAGGCGGACUGCAGACUCCCCUUCGGAGAGGAGGAGUCCUUCAGCACCCCACAGCAGGAAGCUGGCAAGCAGUCGGUGAUGUCUGUGCAGGAGAGUGAAAGCUACAGUAUAUGAGGAGUCUGCUGCAGGAAAAACUGACUGAAAAACCUUUGUCAUAGCACGACAUGGAAAACAAUCUGGCAAGCUAACAAAAUGCACAAGGAAGGCUCUUCUGGUCCCAUAUCAGAGUCAUUAACUGUUACUUCAUGUGUUUAUAUGUGUACAUAGAAUGCUGUAAAUAAAGAUGUAAAUAUAAGUGAUUACCAAACAAUAAGAAAAUAAAAGGGAAUGUAAAUUAUAGCUCGUAGUCUGCAACCAUUUCAACCUCCAGCUAGGCCCAUAUAAAACAUAUACAGCUGCUGCUGUAAAAUGGGAAAUCUGUAUAUUUGAUUUUAAAUUUACAAGUUGCAUACAAUUAACAAACCAUGUGCAUUUUGUGUGGAAGGAUUACGGACAUACAGCAUCUUAUUUACAUUACAUGUUCUCCACAGUGGCCCUAAAAAGCAUUUGGGCACCAAAGCUGCACUUUUGCACCGUCUGAGUUCCUCAUUCCUUCAAUAAAACGAGUUCAUCUGCAUCACUGUAAAAUAAAACCCUGUCAGACGUUGACAGUCCCACCUCCA